AUGGUACUUUCUCAAAGCACUGAAACUUACAGCAGCAUCCCAAUUGAUGGGGACAGUCAACACAGUGGAGUCGAUAAUCAGUCUAAUAGUCUUAGAGGCUCCGAGCUUGAUAGUUCGGACGAUAUUAAUGAUUAUGGUGAUGAUGAUGGUUUCUCGGCAGAUGAGGAAGAACUAAACUGUUUCAGUCCUGCCGAUUAUGAUGGUGAUUCUGGAGAGAUUCGAGCCUUCUCGCCGGAUCCUAGUAAAGAUAUGGUAAGUCCGUUGCUCCAGGUAAUAAGCCAAGAUACUGUUAUAUCCUUUGAUUCCGGAACGGCAAGUGAUGGUGAGAUGCUCACGCGUGCAAGAAAUGACUACAAGAGUUUGCCUUGGUAUAAACGUCCGUCAGUGUUGAUGAUUUCAAUUGCAGUAUUUUGUUUGACUUGCUCAGAUUCCUUCUCUACAGGAGCCCAACUUCAACUCACAUUGGGUGCGGUGUGUAAUUAUAUGAAUAAGGAUAUGGAAAACAAGCUUGCAUGUGAUGCCCUCGAAAUCCAGCAGGCAAAUGCUACUUUGUUGAAGUGGGUCAAUCUUACUACGGUAUUGAGUGUGCUAAUGAGCGGUAAAUUAGGAAAGUUAAGUGACAUCUAUGGACGAAAGCCCGUUUUAAUAUUUGUAAUCUCUUGCCUUCUAGCUGCGAAACUUACUCAGUUGAUAAUAUUAUUACCACAGUACUUUUCACCUGCUUUAAUGGUUCUUUCUGGUUUAAUCAGCUCAGCAGGUGGAUCAAUCCCUAUGUUGAUUAGUCUUGGUGAAAGUUACGUUGUGGAUGUUGUUGAAGAAAAAGACAGAAUGCAGGCCAUUGGAAAAUUUAUGGCUUACUUCAGUUUUGGAUUGGGAAUUGGACCUUUCAUAUCUGCGGCUACGGGACUUCAGUCCAUGACAUUGUUCCGUUUGUCUGCAUUUUUCAUUAUGAUCAUUACGAUCCUAUGCAUUACCUUUCUCCCAGAAUCACGUCCUCAGAAGCUCAGAAGGAGAUCCAGGCGUUUAUCUCUAGACCAGGCUGAAGAGUCUAAGCAUUUGCUAGUGCAAAGAAUUGGACUCAAGUCUGUCGUUGAUUCGUUUAGAACAUUGAAGCUUCUUUGGGUCACUCGAUACGAUGAUAGCGGAAAACUUGACCUAAGGGCAAGAUCGAAUGUUUUACUGUUGGUCUGCAUCAGCAUAGUUUCAUCUUUCGUUGAAACUGGUUUUGCUAUGCCAGUAAUAUUAUAUGCCACCUAUCAAUUUCAUUGGGGAUCCACUACCACAAGUACAUUUUUAGGCGCUUUCAUGCUACUCAGGACAUUGGUUCUUCUUUUUUUCAGCCCUUGGUUUUAUGGAAAAUUGACUCGUUUCCUUGCUAAAGAUCUUCACAAUGUCGAUUAUAUUGACGUCUUAUUUUUGGUUGUUUCAUUGGUGGCGGAGUUGUUUGUACAGUUGGUUUGUAUCUGUGCUCGAAGUACAGCACAAUUUUCUUUAAGUACUGUUUUCUUCGCGUUCGCAGCAAUGUUAACGCCUGCACUUCAUUCAACAUUCGCCAAAUUCAGCCCAGGUGCCUCCAAAAAUGGUGAAUUUUUCGGCUCAUUAGCUUUUAUUUCCAACAUUAUAGGGCUUGUGGCCCCAAUUAUUGGCUUAAGUAUAUAUUCGGCGGUUCUCAAGUACAAUCCAUCAAUCAUAUUUUAUAUUUGUGUCUUGUUUUUAGCCGUGGAUGUGGCUUUGACUCUUCUUAUAAAGAUAUAG